AUGACCUUUCACCCCCGUCAACCACAGCAGCGUCCUGUCCUGCUAGUUGUAAACAAAAUGACUGAAUUGCUCUUGAACUUUGUGACAACUUUCGCACUGAGAUAUGACACGAAAUAAGAGUCACAGACAGAAACAUGCUGGUUGUUAGGUGAACGUUUAUGCCUGUGUUUCGCCGCCUAUACCCCAGUCAUGGCAGGGAUUUUCCAAAGAACACUAAGACUGAGGACAGCUCUCGGUAAUCUGAGCCUCCAUAGCACCUUCUCAUUAACAGCCACAGCCAGACUUUCACCUGUGGACCUCCGCAGUCCAUUUCGUCCCGCCAGCUCAUGGCAGUUUGGAGUCUGCUGUCGAACGCUGCACACUGGGGCAGACAGGCCCGAGCCAUCUCUUGCUGCAGCCCCAGACAGGCUGCCUUUCUCCAGAAUAACCCAGGAAGAUUUAGCCUUCUUCAGGAAGAUCGUACCAGAACGAGCCAUCACUGAUCCGGACCUGCUGGAAUCCAGUAAUGUGGAUUGGCUCAAGUCAGUGAGAGGAUCCAGUGAAGUGUUGCUGAGACCUCAAACAACCGAGGAAGUUUCUCAAAUUCUGAAGUAUUGUAACAGUCGUAAUUUGGCGGUGACCCCUCAAGGAGGUAACACUGGGCUGGUUGGGGGCAGCGUGCCAGUUUAUGAUGAGGUCAUCCUCUCCACUGCCCUAAUGAACAACAUCCUUACCUUUGAUAGUAUAUCUGGCAUUCUGACCUGUCAGGCAGGUUGUGUUUUGGAGAACUUGUCCCUUUACCUGGAGGAGAGAGACUACAUCAUGCCACUUGAUCUGGGGGCAAAAGGCAGUUGCCACAUUGGGGGAAACGUGGCAACGAAUGCAGGUGGACUCCGUCUGCUGCGAUACGGCUCCUUACACGGGACUGUGCUGGGUCUGGAAGUGGUGUUGGCAGAUGGGCAAGUGCUGGACUGCUUGGCCGCGCUGCGGAAAGAUAAUACAGGAUAUGAUCUCAAACAGCUCUUCAUAGGGUCAGAGGGCACACUGGGGGUCAUCACUGCAGUGUCCAUCCUGUGUCCACGGAAACCCAAAUCUGUUAAUGUGGUUUUUCUGGGCUGUGAGACCUUUGAACAGUUGCUGAAGACAUUUCAGCUCUGCAGGGGCAUGCUGGGAGAAAUUCUGUCAGCCUAUGAAUUCCUGGACAGUGAAUGUAUGCAGCUGCUAAAUAUGCACCUCAAACUACCCAAUCCCAUCUCUGAUUGCCCAUUCUACGUUGUCAUAGAAACGUCUGGAUCUGACCCAACACAUGACGGGGAGAAACUCCACAAUUUCUUAGAGGAGGCGAUGACAUCAUCAUUGGUUACUGAUGGGACUGUGGCAACCGAAGACUCAAAAAUAAAGGCACUGUGGUCGAUGCGUGAACGUAUCACGGAGGCGCUGACUCACGAUGGCUUCACUUACAAGUAUGACAUCUCACUUCCGGUGGAGCGGAUCUACCAGCUGGUGACAGACAUGAGGGAGCACCUGGGGGGGCGAGCCAGGCGUGUGGUGGGAUACGGACACGUAGGAGAUGGAAACCUCCACUUGAACAUCACCUCUCCUGCCAAAGACCCUGCUCUCCUCGCUGCCAUCGAGCCCUUUAUCUACGAGUGGACGGCCAGCUGUCAAGGCAGCAUCAGUGCAGAGCACGGACUGGGCCUGAAGAAGAGGAACUAUAUCUACUACAGUAAACCCAGCCAGGCUGUGGCGCUCAUGGGUAAUAUCAAGGCCAUGCUGGACCCCAAGGGCAUUCUCAACCCGUACAAGACUCUUCCAGAUAACCUGAAAUGACCCAAAGUGUCUCACUGCUGAGUCACAGUGGGAAUGUAUACAGAGCUCAUGCAUUCGUAUUGACAUAUGGUUUUUGUGUCAGUUUAUGCCCUUUUCGUGCGAAACCUUUUUCACACAUUUAGUGCCGAGCUGCAGGUUUAGCACGUAGUUUCAUUGCCAUCUGCACAAAGCAUCACUUUCAGAAUGACUUCAACACCUCAACAAGCUGCUUACUUUGUUCUGUAGCAGUCUCUGGAGGAAUUGCAAGUGAAGUUACUGCUAAAUGUUAUCAACUACCACUGCUACUUACAGUAGCAGUAGCUUUAGUCCUCCUGCCCACUCCUUAUUCCAUAGAAAAUCCAACAAGGUUUAGAUCUUAAAUUGUAUAAUAUAUGAAAAACAUAAAACAUAUUUUUCAGUAUUGCUGAGAGGAUGCGAGUGAAUGAUCCUAAUUGACAUCUGUAGGCAGUAGUUUGCCUUCUAGUAGCUACUAGAGGGCAGACAGAACGAUUACAGUAAUGUCUGCAUAUACAGUACUAGGUCUUGUGCAUUUUAAAAUUGUGUCAAUAUGCAAUGUACAUAUGAAUCUGACUUUUGUUUUAAGAGAAAAUUAUAAACCUGUAUUUGUGUAUUUACUGAAAUACUGUUUUCUCAUAACUGUCAACCCUUAGGCAAGUGUGCAGUAAAUGUUUUACUACAUAUACAAUCAUUUGUGAACAGUUGUAACUGCACAACUAAGCAACUGUAUCUGUGUCUAAAAUGAAACUUGAAUAAAUGAAUACAGAGUG